AUUUUUAAUAAUUUUAAUUUUUGCAUUGAAUUGCAUUAAACUAUUAAAUGUUGUUAUAAUGACUGUUAAAUUAGGCGGAAAUCUAUUGUUAAUAAUAACUAUAUUAACAAUACUAUUGUGUUUUACAACAGUCAUCGAUGGCAAACAGUCUCGUCUGAAUAGUAAAGAUAGUGAUCAACAACGACAACGACAAGAGGACAGAGGAAGCAAAACCAGUGAUAAUAAUAAUAAUAAUAAUAAUAAUAAUGAUAAUCAAAGACAUACUGUCGACGACUCAGUCGUUAUCGGCGGUAAUGAUGAUAAUCCUGAGGUGAAGACAGCGGACAACAGCGAAGAGGAGAUAGUUGUCGACGAAGACAUUGUCGGUGCCGACGAUGACGAGUCUGUUGGUUACAUCGGCCGGCGGAGAGGCGACGCCCGCGAUGAUGAUGAAGAAGAAGUUGCGGAUAUUGAUGCUAAACAAGAUCUAGAAGAAGAAGUAGUAGUAGAAGAAAACGACAGACCUUUGACCGAUAGGGAACGGUUGGCCAUUCAGUUGUAUGAGUCGGCACUGUCUUUGCUCAAUACUUCCCGAUACGAUCGUAGCAAAGCCUACGAUUUGAUACGCGAAUCGGCAAAAUUGGACAACGAGUUGGCCAUGGAAUGGAUGGCCAAACAACAUCUGUUCGGCGAUAUCUUAUCCAUUGAUCUAAGUCUGGCCAAAGACUACUUGACUCGGCUGUCGCUUCGAGGCAAUGGCAACGCACAGCUGUAUUUAGGUUUGAUGUACGCUACGGGUCUCGGAGUAACGCCCAGUCAGUCCAGAGCACUGGCGUAUUACACGUUUGCCGCACUGUCUGGCAAUACAUUUGCCCGAAUGGCACUGGCCUUCAGAUACUGGUCAGGUAUAUCGGUAAUGUCCAGUUGCGAAUCGGCUCUGACCUACUAUCAGAAAGUGGCCAAAACUGUUGAACAAGAUGUUACGUUUUCUGGUGGAACAGUCAUCCAAAGGGUCAGACUGUUGGAUGAAUUGGAAAAUCCCGGUUCUUUCAGCGGUGUUCUCGACGACGAUCUCAUUCAAUACUAUCAAUUUUUGGCCGAUAAAGGCGACAUUCAGGCACAGGUAGGUUUGGGUCAACUUCACUAUCAGGGAGGCCGGGGUGUCGACCAGGAUCACAGUCGGGCACUGAAUUAUUUUACUCAAGCGGCCGAAGCGGGAAAUGCAAACGCCAUGGCUUUUCUCGGAAAGAUGCAUUUGGAGGGCAGUCAUGUAGUGCCGCAAAACAAUGAGUCGGCAUUCAAAUACUUUGAAAUGGCCGCCGAAAAGGGUAAUCCAGUUGGCCAGAGCGGUCUCGGGCUUAUGUAUCUCCAAGGAAAGGGUGUCGAAAAAGAUUAUGUUAAAGCUUUCAAGUAUUUUUCAAAUGCUGCCAACCAGGGAUGGGUUGAUGGACAACUUCAGUUGGGACUAAUGUAUUUGAAUGGUUACGGUGUCAGCAAAGAUUACCGUACGGCUAUCAAGUACUUUACAAUGGCCUCGCAAUCGGGACACGUAUUGGGAUUCUAUAAUUUGGCACAAAUGCACGCCACGGGAACAGGUACACUCAGGUCGUGCAAUACGGCUGUCGAACUGUUCAAAAGUGUUACCGAAAGAGGCCAUUGGGGACAAACACUAAUGCAGGCGCACACCGAUUACAAAGAUGGCCGAAUCAGCCAAUCGUUUGUCAAAUACGCUCUGAUGGCCGAACUUGGCUACGAAGUGGCCCAAAGUAAUGCCGCAUUUAUUUUGGACCGAAACGAAAUCAACGAACUGUUCGAUAAAUCCGAAACACAUACCCGUGCGCUGAUGUACUGGAGUCGUUCAGCUGCUCAGGGCUAUUCGGUGGCCAGAGUCAAACUAGGAGAUUAUCAUUACUACGGGUUCGGUACUCGUGUCGACUACGAAAUGGCUGCCUCCCAGUAUCGUAUGGCCAGCGAUUCCCAGCACAAUGCCCAGGCGUUGUUCAAUUUAGGUUAUAUGCAUGAACUGGGUCUCGGACUCAAGCGUGACAUACAUUUGGCCAAAAGGUAUUACGAUUUGGCCGCCGAAACUAGUCUCGACGCUCAGGUACCAGUGGCGUUGGCCCGAAUCAAACUGGGCAUUGUCUACGGCUUGGAGUCGAUGAAUGACUACAAUGUUGACGACCUUAUUGCCAAUGUUAGCAUCAAUAAGAUGUUGGGUGAAGACUGGGAUCUCUAUUUGAUGACAGUUUUGGCACUCAUCUUAGGUUUUAUUAUUUAUUACCGACGACUCCCUCCCAAUCCCUAA